CCGCCCUCUUAGGCCUCGCCCUAACAGUCACAUCUGUCCAGGCGCUCGACUUUGGUAGCUUCGGCGGACAGGUCGUGAUCAACGAAGAGCUCAGCGUACCAGGCGAAAACCCGCUCGAGUUUUGCGCCGACCCCAAGGACUACAAACUGGAGAUUGACAAAGUUGAUUUGAGCCCAAACCCACCAAAACCUGGCCAAACUCUGUCCAUCAAAGCAAAUGGUACCGUGAAAGAGAAGAUAGAGGCGGGUGCAAAGGUUCAUCUGCAAGUCAAGUACGGGCUCAUCACCCUGAUCAACCAGGAAGCAGAUCUCUGUGAUAACCUGGAGAAAGUGGAUAAGGAGUGUCCUCUUGAGAAAGGCGAAUUAACAUUUAGUCGUGAUGUUGAUCUUCCCAAGCAGAUUCCUCCAGGCAAAUACACCGUUCUAGCCGACGUUUUCAAUGAGGACAAGGAGACAAUUACUUGCUUGACUGCGCAUGUGCAGUUUCCUUGAUGAGGAAUGUUUGCGGCUAGGGUGCAUAGGAUAUAAUCGGGACAGAACGUACUAUGGUCAUCGUCUUCAUAAGUUAUGCGUGCUUGAAGUUACAUUCCCGGCGUUGGUCAUAGUGAUACGCCUUAUACUUCGAUGCUCUAUGUCGUUACAGGGGUAUAUAGUCAUAAAAGGCGUACAAUUACAGGUCGCAGAGACCAAGCGCGUAACAAAAACUGCCAACGUGAAGACGUGAUGUUGAUUUAGUGCAGGUAUCAUUCCCCAAUCUU